AUGGAUUCCGCUCCGCAUUCUGAUACUCCUCCGGUUGGCAACCCGCCGGUGGCUGCCCGCGCGGGCAUUCCGACGUACUCGACACCGACGACUCUCCGCUGUUGCUGUGGGCGGCUCGACUGUGCGCUGCUCGAGCAUAAUACUGUUGCGUUGGAGGGGGUUGAGAAGGAUCUUGAAACGGCGGCUAGGUUGGGACAGGCUCUACUUCAUCGCCAUGAGAGUUACAUUGCGGAGGCGGAGGAAGAUCGCCAGCGACUGGUCGAUAGUCUUGAGGCGAUGGAGCGUGAGAAGCGGGGAGUGCAAGCUGAGAAUGCGCGCAUCGUCGAGGAGAAUAGAUUGUUGCUGGAGCAGCUUGAGGGACUGAAUAAGUCUGUUGCGGAGUCGGAUGAGCGGGUCGAGAGUCUGACGCUUACGCUGGAAAGUACGCAGGCGGAGUUGCGGCGGGUGACGGUUGCUGCGUCGCGGGCUGCGGAGCUCGAGGCUCAGCUUGCGAUUUUGGAGAGUGAGCAGGUGAGGAUGCAGGAGAGUUUGGUAGCUGUGCAGGAGGAUGAGAGGUCUGCUGUGCAGCGGUGGCGGAGUGCGGAGAAUUCGCUGCGUGAUUUGAAUGAUCAAGUUGAGCGGAUUGAGGCUGAGGCGAGAGAGGAGCGGGAGCGGCAUGAGGAGCUUGUUCAGCGCAUGGAGAGGAAACGGCUUGUUGAGCGUGAGCUGGAUAAUGCGGCGGGCCGGCUCAAGGGUGCUGCUGCUGCAUCGACACAACCUGGCACGCCUGUUGUUUCGCGAUUCGUCAAGGAUAUCUUGCAGGAUAAUGCGAACUUGCAAGUUGGGAUUAUGGAGCUGCGCGAGAUGCUCGAGAGCUCCAAUCAGGAAGUCCAGAACUUGCGCGAUCAGGUCUUAACUCACCAGCCGCUGGCCGGUAUUGGUGAGGAGCAAUCGGAUGGUGCUCGUACGCCUACUCUUUGUGAAGAGCUGGAGUCGAAGGAACGACGUGUCUCGCAGGAAUUCCAUAUCCAUCACCACUACCACACACCCUCCACGAGGAAAGACAAAGGUGUUGCCAAUCGCAGAGUCAAGAAGAAGAGACCUGCCCUGGGCAGUCCUGUACCGCUGCACUCGGCCAUGGGAACGAACUCACCCCGUCGCUCGAUCCAUCGCUCUCAAUCAUCGGGCUCAUCUAUGAACACCAUCCUAUCUCAAACAUCCGUCUCGAUUCCUCCACCCUCAUCAUCCCGCCGUUGGUCAUUCCAAACACCCACUACAGACUCGCUCGCCAGCUCACCGCAGUCUACCUUCCGCACAUCCUCCAUCUUCGACCGCGUUGACCGCGGCACCGACUUUUCUGAGCCUACCAGCCCCGACAGCACGGUCUUGUCCUCUCCUCUAAUGGACGCCCGCGCCCUCAAGGGUAUGGACAUGCCAUUCCGCCCAUUAGCUAUCGACUCCCCCGAUAUUCCAGAAUCCUCAUUCAACCAACCACAACAAGAUCGACCAACCCUCUUCGACCUAGACGGCAUAACAACCCAAACCACUAUCCCAGAAGAGUCCGAACCCUCCUCAUCAGGCAUCUGGUCCAGAACCAUUCCCGACAAGCCCUCCGAAAACCCAUUCGGCGUCCAGAUGCCCUUCUCCCCCUCCGCAAAUCAACUUCCCACGACAGUCUCCUCUCCGUCUCCGUAG